AUGGUAGCACCGAUUACUGCUGCUUCAAUGUGUGCCUUUCACAAUGUUGUGUUAGCAACACAAAGCUAUGGCAUAAAAAAGGGCAUCAAACAAGGACUUGGAGUGAAGCGUGGUUCUUGUGGUGGCUUACAAAUCAAGGCAAAUAAUGCCCAAAAUUAUAAUGGUGAUGAUAAGAUUUCCAGAGUUGCUAACACAUGUUUUAUUCGUCAAAACUUUACCAUCAGAUCAUAUGAAGUUGAUGCUAAUGGAAUGGCAUCUAGUGAGACUUUGAUGAACUAUUUUCAGAGUUCUAUAAUUGAUCACUGUAAGACACUUGGGAUCUACGUUGAUGCAGCUGGUUCUUCGAAAGAAAUGAUCAAAAAGAACUUGGUAUGGGUAUAUAGUGAAAUGCAGGUUUGGGUUUACCGUUAUCCUAAAUGGGAUGAUGUAGUUGAAGUGGAAACUUGGUUAUCUUCAGAAGGAAAGAAUGCUGCGCGAUUCAAUUGGAUUGUGCGAGAUUUCAAAACAAAUCAAAUGUUGAAUAAAGCCUCAAGUGUUUGUGUUUUGAUGAACAAAUUGACAAGAAAAUUAUCCAAAAUACCUGUAGAAGUUAGAAGGGAAUUUGAGUCCUAUCUUGAAAAUUCCAGAAUUAUUAUAGAAGGUGAUGACAAAAAAAUACCUAAACUUGAUGACACAUCAGCAGAUUAUAUUUGUCUUGAUUUAAAGCCAAAAUGGAGUGAUAUCGAUAUAAAUUUUCAUGUCAAUAAUGCAAAAUAUGUUAGUUGGAUUUUAGAGAGCAUUCCAGAAUCAAUCUUGAUGAAUUAUGGAUUAUCUUCCAUGACUUUGAAAUUUAAGAGGGAGUGUAAGAGAGACAGUAAGCUACAAUGUCUAGCUGAAAGCAUUCCAGAAUCAAUCUUGAUGAAUUAUGGAUAUCUUCCAUGA